ACUGUGCCCCGGAACUACAGAAUCCAUUGCCACUGCUUCACAGGGGACUAUGAGUCGGCCAAGAAGUGGAUGAAUUUGUUCCCUAAUCUGUACAUAGGCUUGACGCCACUUGUCACCUAUCGCACUGCCACACCCACUCAUGAGGUUGCCAGAUUCAUACCUCUGGAUAGACUUUUACUAGAGACUGAUGCACCAUACUUCAUACCAAAGAAGUUCCCAAAGGAAGAUGUUCAAUUUUCACACCCAGGAAUGGCAAUUACGGUGGCUGAGCAAGUAGCCUUUUUAAAGAAAUGCUCAGUCACAGAAGUGCUGCAUGCUUGUCGCCAGAACACCCGUACAAUGUAUGGCAUUUGA